AGACAGGGGGAAGAAAAUAAUUGUUGGGGGCGGGCUCCCUUCGAAUCCGCACAGCUCACACACAGUCUCCAUUGAUUCUUCUGCCAUUUGACGCCAAAGAAACAAACAGCUUCUCUCCCUCUCUGACUCUCUCUUUACCUUUAGCUAAUUAAGCUCACAGAUCGUCAACUGAAUUAACCACACGCUCGCACUUCCACUGCGAUUUAAAUUGAGUUCUUCUUCGUAGGCUUGCCGUUAUCUGGAAUCUCGGGGGCGGGAGAUUGUUGCAUGUAAUUUCCUCAAUGGGAUCUCUGGAAUCUGGGAUUCCGUCCAAGAGAGAAACCUCCUCCUCCCCGGCGAGAUGGGGAAGGCAACAGCCUUACUUGCAGAGAAACAGAUCGAGGCGGCUCUCGAGAUUCUUCCUCUUCAACAAGUUCAAUUACAUCCAACUGAUUUGCUCCAUGUGCGUCUUCUUCUUCUUCGUCCUCCUCUUCCAGCUGUUCCUCCCCAGUCUCGUCGUCGACAAAUCCGAUACACCGCCGCCACGGAAGAGCAAGGAUACGCUUCUUCUUCCACCUGAUUUGGUCGUUUUCAAGGAGAGUGGGGUUUUCGAUUUCGGCGAGGAUGUUAGGUUAGAGCCGUCCAAGCUUCUGAUGAAAUUCCGGAGAGACACUAGUGAUGGUGGUUUCAAUCUCACUACUUCUACGCAGCGUUUUGGAUUCCGAAAGCCCAACCUAGCUCUGGUUUUUGCGGAUUUGUUAGCUGAUCCUGAACAGUUGAAAAUGGUGACUAUCUCCAAUGCACUGCUACAGAUUGGUUAUGCUAUUCAGGUGUACUCACUUCAAGACGGUCCAGUUCAUGGAGUUUGGCAGCAAAUGGGAGUUUCAGUCACUAUACUCGACACUAACCAUUCAUCAAGCUGCGUCAUCGACUGGCUCUCCUAUGAUGGCGUCAUUGUAAACUCUCUCCAAGCUAGGACUAUGUUUACUUGCUUCAUGCAAGAACCUUUCAAGUCUUUGCCACUUGUUUGGGUCAUCAAUGAAAAAACUCUUGCUGUUCGGUCUAGACAGUAUAACUCAACAGGCCACACUGAACUCCUAACGGACUGGAAAAAGAUUUUCAGCCGCGCUUCGGUUGUAGUCUUCCAUGAUUUUCUCCUUCCGAUUCUCUACUCCGAGUUUGAUGCUGGCAACUUUUAUGUGAUUCCCGGAUCUCCUGAAGAAGCAUGGAAAGCAAAGAAUCUGGACUUUUCACAGAAAGAUGACAUUGUCAUUUCCAUUGUGGGAAGUCAGUUCUUGUACAAGGGCCAAUGGCUUGAACAUGCUCUUCUUCUGCAAUCUCUACAGCCGUUAUUCUCAGGGUUUAACACUGAAAGUUAUAACUCCCAUCUCAAGAUCAUAGUUUUAGGGGGAGAGUCAGCUUCCAACUACAGCGUAGCUAUUGAGACAAUUUCCCAGAACUUGACAUAUCCAAAAGAUGCUGUGAAGCAUGUAAGCGUCGCUGGGAAUGUUGAUAAGAUACUGGAAAGUUCUGAUCUUGUCAUAUACGGAUCAUUUCUUGAGGAGCAAUCUUUUCCAGAAAUUUUGAUGAAGGCCAUGGCACUUGGGAAACCCAUAGUCGCACCGGACCUCUUGAAUAUUAAAAAACAUGUCGAUGACAGGGUUACUGGGUAUCUUUACUCCAAGAAGAAUCCUGAGGUUCUGUUGCAGAUUGUGCUUGAAGUGAUAAGAGAAGGAAAAAUAUCUCCGUUUGCUCGGAAUAUUGGCUUGAUGGGGAAAGCAGCUGUUAAAAAUAUGAUGGCGCUGGAAACCAUUGAAGGCUAUGCGGUUCUACUAGAGAAUAUUCUCAAGCUUUCGUCAGAAGUUGCUUCUCCUAAGGAUGUACAGACAGUUCCUCCAAAACUGAGAGAAGGGUGGAGUUGGCAUCUGUUCGAAACUCUCAUGAAUGCAUCGCCUCAUAAUAAAACAGCAAGAAGCUAUGAAUUCAUAGCGAAUAUUGAGGGACGUUGGAAUCAUACCCCAGGAGAAGCUAUGAAAUUUGAGGUAGUUAAUGAUGAUUCAUAUGUAUAUGAAAUAUGGGAAGAUGAGAGAUAUCUGCAAGUGAUUAACAGUAAGAAAAGACAAGAAGACGAGGAGCUGAAAGGCAGAGCCUUGCAGUAUCAUGGGACAUGGGAGGAAGUAUAUAAAAACGCCAAAAGGGCAGAUCGAAGUAAGAAUGAUCUACACGAGAGGGAUGAAGGGGAGCUGCUGCGAACCGGUCAACCGUUAUGCAUAUAUGAACCCUAUUUUGGUGAAGGAACUUGGUCGUUUCUACAUGAAUAUCCCCUCUAUCGUGGGGUGGGCAUGUCGGUUAAAGGAAGGAGGACUGGGAUGGAUGAUAUCGAUGCAUCAUCACGUCUUCCGCUCUUCAACAAUCCGUACUAUCGCGAUGCUCUUGGUGACUUUGGAGCAUUCUUUGCAAUUUCAAACAAGAUUGAUAGAUUACACAGGAAUGCAUGGAUUGGGUUUCAGUCCUGGAGAGCUACCGCCAGGAAGGAAUCUUUAUCAAGGAUUGCUGAGAACGCAUUACUGAAUGCUAUAAAAACACGGAAACACGGUGAUGCUUUGUAUUUUUGGGUUCGCAUGGAUAAAGAUCCGAGGAAUCCUCUGCAGAAACCCUUUUGGUCGUUCUGUGACUCCAUAAAUGCUGGGAAUUGCAGGUUUGCUUACAAUGAAACUCUGAAGAAAAUGUACAGUGUGAAGAAUGUGGACUCACUGCCUCCAAUGCCCGAGGAUGGGGAUACAUGGUCAGUGAUGCAGAGCUGGGCGUUGCCAACAAGGUCCUUCCUAGAGUUUGUCAUGUUCUCAAGGAUGUUUGUGGAUUCUUUGGAUGCACAGAUAUAUGAAGAGCAUCAUCGAACCAACCGUUGCUAUCUGAGUUUAACCAAAGACAAGCAUUGCUAUUCACGGUUACUAGAGCUUCUGGUGAACGUGUGGGCUUAUCACAGCGCAAGACGCAUUGUCUACGUAGAUCCUGCUACAGGUUUGAUGCAGGAGCAACACAUACAGAAGAACCGGAGAGGGCAAAUGUGGGUGCAGUGGUUUGAGUACACAACUCUGAAAACAAUGGACGAGGAUCUUGCAGAGGAAGCAGACUCAGACCGUCGUGUGGGACACUGGAUAUGGCCAUGGACAGGGGAGGUGGUGUGGCGAGGUUCAUUAGAGAAAGAGAGGCAGAGGAAGAAUGUAGAGAAAGAAGAGAAGAAGAAGAGAAGUAAAGAUAAGCUGAACAGAAUGAGAAAUAGAAAUAGUCGCCAGAAAGUCAUUGGAAAAUAUGUAAAACCGCCGCCGGAGAACGGAACCGUUACGGGAAACUCCACUUUGUAAAACGGAGACGCAUAAAAACACAGAUUAAUGAUUUGUUUCAUUCAUUUGCUUAGAGAGAUAAUUGUAUAAAUUGUGUUAAUCAUUCACCCUCUCUUCGCUUUAACUCUCCGGCGAUAAUGAGAGGGAUCUAUAAAACUGAGUUUUGAUGGCAGACUCGAGCAUACUUUCGGUCAAAUAUUGGAUGUAGAUAUUUAUUUGAAUCUAUAAUAUAAUAGGGGACUUGGGGCUCUCCCAGCGCGCCACGUCAGCAUUUUUUUUAGCGUAUGGGUUUUUUUAAUUUUGGGCUUCUCAUGAAAACACUUAUUCUGUAGCCCAUAUCUUUUAUUCUCACUUCUCUUCUCGACGGAACAAAAGAAACAACGUCCAAGGCUUCCGCCGCAUCUGUCUAGAUCUUUCUCUGGCGAACCUUGGCAACCACUCUCAGUUAAUCUCCUUCGUCAACCGUAGAAACAAACUUCGAAAAUAUCUUCUUCGGAUGCUGUUAUUACGCAGUCAGCCUUCGACGCGCCUUGGUCGAUCGUCACAGUUCAUUGUCGAUCGGCUUAUCCAUUUUUGGGACUGGAAAAACAUCGAGAAGCAUGUUUGGUGCUCCUCUGUUUGCCAAUUGAGACAAUCGCUGCUGUCAAACAAAAAGUUUCCUCCACUACCAAAUAUUUCAACCCGACCCACAAACUCGGCGAACGUGAGUUCGGACCCGUCUUCAAGGCGAGACAUAUCAUUGAUGAAGCUAUCUCAGGCUUCAAGAAUCAAGACAAGGGAGGAGGGAGUUUGUGAACAAAGCCAAGUUGUUAGCUAAACACUUGGUCUAUGAGUAUGUCGCUAAUGAGAGCGUUGCAAGGUCAUCUUCAGUAAGUUAAGUUGUCACCUCAUUCUCUCAUCAUUACCACUUGUGUUUUUUUUUUAACUAUGUGACGUUUUCAACAUGUGGUGGUUUGCUCCAGUUGGAUGCAGAAUCCAGCAGAAUCCAGAAGAAGAUCAGAUACACACUGGAAGCAGAGGUUUGAGAUCAUAAUAGAUUUUUGCUUGAGGACUGUUUUAUCUCAAUGAAGACGCACCAAACUUCAUUAUCCACAUAGACAUCAAGGUUGCAAAAAAAAAUUGCUUGAUGAGAAAUGAGUUCCUAAGAUUUCAGAUUUUGGGAUGGCCAGACUCUAUCAAGAACACAGGACACAUGUCAACACUUGCGUUGCAGGAGACAAGUAUGUUAUUUAUCAUAGCAUAUGUAUGUAUAUAUUGAUUGUUGUUGCUGAUGCUGACAAGUCAAAACCCAGAAGAAGUGCACGAAGGCUCCUUUUGAAAGGCUUCUUUCUUGGUAUCUGCAUGUGUACGUGUCCCUGAUUUCAUUUGUCGUUAGCAUGUUUCACAUAGGGUGUGGUGUGGUGUCCUGUAAAUUGAGCUUCAUGUUAUCUGCUAAUUAAAAAUUUUUAAUUUUUUUUUUGAAUAAUCUACGACCAGUGGUCUUUUUCUCUU